AGCAAGUCAUAAAACUGUUAUGAUUUCUUUCUUCAGAGCUCAACGGCUCAACCGUAGAAGCAAGAGACCCGAAAAUCUCCUCUGCAUAAAAUUCGAAUAACUAAAUGAAUAAAGAAGAGAUACCCGAUAAAGGUCGGAGUUUCCCGGUCGAUCCGAAUCUCCCUAAAUGGGUCUGCCAGAACUGUCACCACUCCCUUUGCAUCGUCGGCGUCGAUUCAUACGUCGACAAGUUCCCAAACGAAUCCUCUCGCUCCGCAAUGCAGGGGUCUUUAAUUCAUGGAGCUAGCAGUGUGCUGGGUUCAACACGUAUGGACAACUCUUUUGUUGUGCUGCCAAAGCAAAAGCCCCAAGCACAAGGGAUCCCUCCCCGUCCUCGUGGUGGGCCUGGUCAGCCUGAUGCUGGCCACACUGGGAAGGCUAUGGAAGAAUCAUUUGUGGUGGUGUAUAAGUCGGAGUCUGCUUCUGAUGGAGGUGGGGCACAUUUACCAUUGUCAGAAGGUGGACCAAACAGUCCUUUGCAGCCGAACAACUCUGGAUUUCACUCGACUAUUACCGUCCUGAAAUGCGCAUUUGAGAUUGCCACGACUCAGACACAGGUUGAGCAACCAUUAUGCCUUGAAUGCAUGAGGGUGUUGUCUGACAAACUUGACAAGGAGGUUGAGGAUGUGACUAGGGACAUUGAAGCAUAUGAAGCCUGUCUUCAGCGCUUGGAGGGGGAGCCACAAGAAAUUCUCAGUGAGGCUGAUUUUUGUAAGGAGAAAUUAAAGAUUGAGGAAGAAGAAAGAAAACUUGAAGCAGCAAUUGAAGAAAUAGAAAAACAGAAUGCAGAAGUAAAUGCUGAACUAAAAGAAUUAGAGCACAAAUCAAACCGCGUUAAAGAAUUGGAGGAGAGGUAUUGGCAGGAGUUUAACAACUUUCAGUUUCAAUUAAUUGCACAUCAGGAAGAGAGAGAUGCAAUCUUGGCGAAGACUGAAGUUUCACAAGCACAUUUAGAGUUGUUAAAGCGAAGUAAUGUGCUCAACGAUGCUUUCCCAAUCUGGCAUGAUGGAGAAUUUGGAACUAUAAACAAUUUUCGUCUUGGACGACUGCCCAAAAUUCCAGUUGAGUGGGAUGAAAUAAAUGCUGCCUGGGGCCAAGCUUGUCUCCUUCUUCAUACAAUGUGUCAAUAUUUCUGGCCAAAGUUUCACUAUCGGAUAAAAAUAAUUCCCAUGGGAAGCUACCCUCGGAUAAAGGACAGCAACAACAAUACAUAUGAGUUGUUUGGUCCAGUGAACUUGUUCUGGAGUACAAGGUACGACAAAGCAAUGACACUAUUCUUGACAUGCCUUAAGGACUUUGCUGAGUUUGCAAAUUCCAAGGAUCAAGAAAACAACAUUCCACCUGAGAAACGCUUCAACUUGCCCUAUAAGAUUGAGAAUGACAAAGUGGAAAACUACUCCAUCACACAAAGCUUCAAUAAGCAAGAGAAUUGGACCAAAGCUCUGAAGUAUACCCUCUGCAAUCUGAAGUGGGCUCUCUACUGGUUUAUUGGAAGCACCAAUUUCCAGCCCCUGUCUGCCAUAGUUUCUUCGGCUACUGAAGUUUCAGCUGCGGGCUCUUUAUAUACAAGGCGUGGUCCUGAUCCCAAAUAUGUAGCUCGAAAGCCAUCAAAUUCAAGAUAGUGGAGUACAUUUUACAUACCAUUAUGUAAAUAGGGUCAGACACACGGAUCAGUUUCGUGAACGUGCAGCAUUACUUGUAUGAUAGAACACAUUUGGUGCUUUAAAGAUUUUGUUCAGUAAUUCAUAGUUUGAAAUAUUUUAAA